AUGCGCGUCGUCCCCCUUCUCGUCCCCGUCCUCGGUGCCGCUCUCGGUGCCGCCGCCGCCGUCGCCGCCGCCCCUUCCCACGACGAACACGCGCUUGCCGGCCCGUCCACCUACUCUCCCUCGGCUUUAGAAAACGUCCGUCGGGAUGACCAUGAACAUAUGCAUGGCCAUGGGGCACCCCUCCUGGAGCUCAACGAAACUCAAGUUGCCAUGUCCCACCAAAUUACGCCCCCUUCAUACUGGACGAUAGACAUGGUCGACAAGGUGCCCGGCGAGAAGCGCUAUCCUGGGUUCAUGGCCGUCCACGUCCUCUCAAUGGGCCUCGCUUUCUUCGGCGCACUCCCAGCAGGCAUCGCACUCCGUUCAGUCAAGUCUGCAUGGCACGGCCUUUCUGUUGUCCUUUUCUACGCGUUCGUCGCGAUCGGUCUCGGGGCGAGCAUGAUCUAUCGGAAGUUAACCCCUGACAUGUAUGAGGGUGCCAAGCACGGCAGCCAGGGCUAUGGAUGGAUAUGCUUCGCCAUUUUGCUCACUCUCCUCGACGUAGGCUCUGCAUUCGUCAGACUUUUCCAUUAUCUCGCAGCGAUCCGUCGAGGCGAAGAGACAAUUGGCUUCAAGGCUGCCUGGAGCACUAUUGUCCUUGGCCGUGAGGGAAGCUACAUCGGUCUUCCCGUCGAGUACAGUACGCUUGUUGCGGACGAUGCCGAGGAACUCAGCGAUGCAGAACUCAAGGUUAAGGAUAUCGAUUCGGAAGGGUCUGAGUCGGAGCCUCUUCAUGAGCGCAGGCAUCGUCCAAUGGAGCCCAUCCGUACCGUCUUUGAUGCGGAAGGCCAAGAUGACGCUGAGACCGCGGAAUGGGCGAACGAUGUCGGCAGGCAUCGUCGCCAGCCAUCCUACCCGCAUUCAGCUGCUUCGGAGCGGACUUUGUUUGGUCCCCAUUCUCCUAGACAUUCUGACGACAGUCUCCAGAGGGAUUCUUUCACAUUUUCCGGGAGCAAGGUGUCACUGUUGAGGAAACUCUGGCGAAUCACAUUUGCAACUUCGGAGCGUGUACUUGUUUUUGCCGGGUUCAUGCAAGUUCUUACCGGUGUGGUGACUUACACUGGUGGUUGCAGGCAGUAUUGGGGCAAUGGUUGCCUUGCACACUUGAUCAAGGGCGGCAUCUUCUGGUGCUAUGGACUUGUCAGUUUUGCACGAUACCUAGGGGCCUUCUCCGAGCUUGGCUGGGCAUGGAACCGAGCGCCAUCCGGCAACUUCGUGUCUGCUGAGUUCGUGGAGUGCCUUGUCAUCUUCACCUAUGGCGCAACCAACACUUGGAUGGAACGUUUCGGCGCGAAUCCAGGCGACCCGUAUACCGCGAAGCAAAUGCAGCACAUCAGCAUUGCAGUCAUGUACUGGUUUGCAGGUCUCGUCGGCAUGGGCAUCGAAUCGAAGACCAUUCGCCGAUGGCUCGCAUCUGGUAGCACGGCGGCCGUACGCACGCCUUCGCGCACACAUGAAGUGGUCGCGGAACCUCCGCAAUACAGCUCCAGCUUCAAUCCAUUCCCUGCUUUGUGCAUCGGUAUCACCGGCAUCGCGAUGAGUGCUCAUGCGCAGACGUACUUGUUUCAGGUGCAAAUCCACAUGCUGUGGGGUUAUCUCCUGAGCGCGUUCGCUCUGAUGCGUUGCCUGACAUACUUCUUCCUCUGGCUCGGACCACCGCGCUCGAUCCUUCCCAGUCGACCUCCGACAGAGGCACUAGGCUCCUUCUUCCUCGCCAGUGGAGGCCUUAUGUUCAUGCUCUCGACGGAAGAGGUGACGAUUGCGGCCAUGCGACAAAGCAAGGACGACGUGAUGAUGUUCUUGAACGUCGAUGUGGCCAUUACGUGCCUCGCCUUCUGCUGGGCACUGACGGUUGUCGGGUUUAAGGGAUGGCUGAAGAGUCACACGCACGCAGCUGUGAAAUUCCAUGCGUCAGCAUGA